UCCCCCUUUAACAACCAAUCUCAGCUCAACUCUAUAUCCAUCACCAAUUCCUCCAUUUUUUUCACGCACUACACACACUAAUACUCAAAGAAAACACCUUUCAUUUUCAUCUUAUUUUCUUUUAUUCUUUCACAAAGCAAAGAAGAAAAAAAUAGAGAUUAAUUAUGGGUUUUCCACUAGGCUACACUGAACUUUAUCUUCCCAAAUUACUCCUCCACGUUAUUAUAAUUUUGGGUUUCAUUAAAGAACUCAUUUGCACACUAUUUAAGCUUUUGGGCCUCGAGGGUUUUGUCGAGCCCGAAUUUUCAUACCCGACCCGACCCGAAUCAUGUUCGGUGCCCCGGUUUCACUCAUUGUCGGCGGCGUUGAUAAGGGAGAUAUUACCGGUGGUGAAGUACUCGGAGAUAAUGGACCCGCCGGGGAAGUGCGCGGUGUGUCUGUACGAGUUCGAGUUGGACGAUGAAAUCAGACGGCUGAGGAAUUGUAAGCAUGUGUUUCAUCGGAGCUGUGUGGACCGUUGGAUGGAUCAUGAUCAGAUGACGUGUCCGCUUUGCAGAGCAGUUUUUGUACCGGAGGAUAUGAUGGAAGUUUUUAAUGAGAAGUUGUGGUUGGCUUCUGGAGUUUCUGAUUUUUAUGACGAGUAUUCAUCUGUUGCUGCUGGUUUGUAGUAGUCAUAAUAAUUUGUUAAAAUCUAUUUGUUGUUUGUAUUCGGGAUUUGAUUUA